UGGCUACCACAACUCGCAGCUUCUGUUACAAGUGAGCAGCACACGAAGACCGCAAUCUGUGUCAUGUGCCUAGUUGUGCUUGUUGCGACAUUUGCUUUAUGCACUGUGUUGAGGCUAUUUAUACAACGCUGGCGUAAAGAGCGAAAACUUCCUGUCGGAACUGUGCAUCCUCCCAUGCCGCCUGUGAGCAGCAUUCUCGGACACGAAGAACUCAACUUGCGUGGUUUCCACUGCACGAAAGCGGUCGAAUGGGCCAAGGAGUAUGGGCCCGUGUAUAGAUUGAAUCUGAACUUUACGGAUGUGGUUGUGCUCAGUGAUGUAAAAAGUAUCAAGAAAUUCUGUAAGAAUAGCGAUGGAUUGUACCGUUCUGGCUGUUUUAUCGUCGGUCGCGACUACAACAAAGGACUGGCAACGCAAAACGGAGAAUGUUGGAUAGCAAACAAGCGGUAUUGUAUGAGCGUGCUACGCGACCUUGGUUUUGCAAAAACGUCGAUGGAGGAACGCAUGAUGGAUGACUUCCGUCAACUUGAUGCCCGGAUAAGCGACCGAAAGGGCCAGGCUGUGCACAUUCGUCCACUCAUCCUAUCCUGCGUCGCCAACAACAUCAUGUCCUUCUUUUACCCUAACGGACUUCCCGGUGAGGACGCGGCUUUGCAUAAGGCAACCAGUAUUCUUGACAGGAUGAGGACCAUAAUGCUGGGAGGUGCGGUCAUUCAGUUUUCACCGAGUCUGAUCAGAAACCUGCACUACCAUAUUCCUUUCUCAAGGAAUGGAAAAGUGGACGGAAUAAUGAACGAAAUGGACAACUUUAUUCGUGACCAGAUUGAGAAUUACAAGCCCAGCACUUCUGAAAAUGAUGGACGAGGAUUCAUCGAGGGAUAUAUGAAGAAGAUUGAAGAAGUGAGACAGGAGGCGUUGCCAAAGUUUCAAGAACGGUUUCUCAUAGGCAAUGUGAAAACCUUCCUAAUUGCUGGGACGUUCAGCACGACAAAUACGAUGCAUUGGCACCUGCUCAAUUUUGCCGCAAGACAAGAAAUACAAACUAGAGUACAGCGAGAAAUCGAUGAAGUUGUAGGUACCGAGAGGCUGCCUACAUGGGAAGAUCGCAGACGUAUGCCUUAUACCCUGGCCUGCUCCUGGGAAAUUCAUCGAUGGAAACCGGCACCGCCGCUGGGAAUGCCAAGAGAGGCUAACGAGGACAUCGUAGUUGACGACUUUAUCAUACCAAGAGGUACGGUCGUCCUGUUUAAUUUGUGGGCAGCGCACUAUGACGCUGAUCUUUGGCCCGAACCACAACGUUUCGACCCUAGCCGAUUUCUUGACAAAGAUGGCUGCUUCGUACCUGAAAAGCUCGAAAAUGUGAUCGCCUUUUCAGUGGGAAAGCGGUCAUGCCCAGGAGAGGUGUUUGCCUCAAUGGAGAUAUUCCUGCUGGUGACAUUCCUUCUACAGAAGUAUCGUGUCGUCCUAGAGCAGCCGCUACAGUACGACAUCGACGACCCGACCACGAGUCUUGACAGAUUGGAUCAUGUCAAAGUGCAGUUUGUGCCUCGUCAUUCAGCUGAAACUUGAAUUUGCGAAAAAAUAGUGGAUGCACGUUUCCGAGUGCAUGUUUCAAGGCUUUAUAAGAGCACCCCUUAUGAGUCAAAGAGGUCAUGCUUCGAAGUAAAUAAAAAGUACUGCGCUUCACAAUGGUCUGUUAAUUAAAGCUAGCACGAUAUUGUCGACUAUGUUG